AGAUAUCAAAUAGAAAACCAGAAAAUUGUAAACAUCUAGUUAACUAUCAACAGAAUCUUUUAUUUUAAUUACUCUAAUUCAACACGAAUGCUUAAUUGUUAUCAGUAGGUUAUCCCCUUUUCUUGUAUCUCUAACUGAUUAGCGACACUGAUUAUCUUGUGAACACAAAAUUUCAAUAAUAAUCAACAUCUCUAGUAGUAAAUUAAAACCACAGCAACAGUAACAAUAAAACCAUAACAAUCAAUAUAUUAACUUACUGAUUUGUUGUUGAACCAUUUUCACAAUUUGAAUUAGUGUUGAUUAACUUGUGUUAAUAUUGUGUAAAGAAAAAUGGUUCGUUAUAAUAGUUUAAUUGUUGCCACAUCUAAACGAUUAAGGGUAAUUAAUGAUGGAAACUUGAAUCUAUUCGGACGUCGGAAUAAUUCAACUGCGGCUAAAAUUUCAUCGGAUUAUCAUCUAUCGGAACCAAAAGAGCCGCUUAUCCGUACAUCAACAAUUCCUGGACCUAAAUCACUUGAACUGAUUAAGCAAUUGGAUUCCAUUCAAUUAUCUAAAUCGGUUCAAUUGUUUGUUGAUUAUGAAUCGUCCAUUGGUAAUUAUCUUUGCGAUGCUGAUGGUAACCUUUUCCUUGAUAUUUAUUCACAAAUUUCAUCAAUUCCAUUGGGUUACAAUCACCCGGCGUUGAUUGAAGCGCUAAGAGAUCCAGCAAAUACAUCGGCUUUCAUAAAUCGACCUGCUCUCGGUAUUUUACCACCGAAAGAUUUGGUUAAUCGUUUGAAAGGUUCGUUACUUUCCAUUGCACCUCCAGGAUUAAACGAAGUACAAACAAUGGCUUGUGGCUCUUGUUCCGUUGAAAAUGCUCUUAAAGCGGCUUUCAUUUGGUAUCAGACGCGAAUUCGUGAUGGCCGUGAAUUAACACCCGAAGAGAUGGAAUCAACUUUAGUUAAUCAAUAUCCUGGAUCACCAUAUCUAACAAUUUUGUCUUUCAAACAUGGUUUCCAUGGGCGAACCUUGGGAGCUUUAAGUUGUACUCAUUCAAAAUAUAUUCACAAAUUGGAUGUUCCUGCAUUUGAUUGGCCUAUUGCUCCUUAUCCUAUUUAUAAAUAUCCCCUCGAGGCUAAUGAACGGGAAAACAAGGCCACUGAUGAUCAGUGUCUUGAAGAGAUUCAAGAUUUAAUUGAAAGAUUUAACAAGAAAGGUCGACCCGUUGCUGGGUUAAUCGUUGAACCCAUUCAAGGUGAAGGUGGUGAUAAUCGAGGAUCAAAUUAUUUCUUUCAACAAUUAAGGAAAAUUGCUAAAUCUCAUCAAGUUGUCUUCAUCUGUGAUGAGGUUCAAACUGGUUGUGGUCCAACAGGAAAAUUCUGGGCCCAUGAACAUUGGGGUCUAGAUAAUCCACCAGAUAUCGUCACUUUUAGUAAGAAAAUGUUGACCGGUGGCUAUUUUUACAAAGGUCAUUUACGACCUGAUCAGAGUUUCCGUAUAUUUAAUACUUGGCUUGGCGAUCCAUCAAAAUUGGCUCUCCUUGAGAAAGUUAUUCAAGUUGUUAAACGAGACAAUUUACUUGAAUCCAUAAUUGAAACUGGUAAUCAAAUGUUAACCGGAUUAAAAGAGGCUGAAUCUCGUUUUCCAAAUUUAGUCUCAAAGGCCAGGGGAAUUGGUACAUUUUGUGCAAUAGAUUUUAACACAGCCGAAUUAAGAAAUGAGGUAAUUAAUCGUCUCCAUCAAAAGGGAAUCCAUUGCGGUGGAUCAGGAGCAGCUUCAUUGAGAAUCCGAACAACAUUGACCUUUAACAAUCAACAUAACAAUAUCUUCAUCGAUCGAUUCCAUAAGGUAUUAGCCGAAUUGAACAAUUAAAGAUCAUAAAUCAUGAUCAACACUGAGAAGGAGAGAAAGAGAAAAAAAAGAAAAGAAAAGAAAAUCAAGAUAAUUAAUCAGAUUACAUUCCAAUAAUCAAAUGGAACAAAAUAAUUUACCAAUUUCUCUAUAUUCCAAUUUCCAACGUUUCGUGUGUUGUUUGUUUGCCACCAUUAAGAUUUGAUCUUGUUCAUUAUCUGCUCACAAUUAAUGUCUUCCAAUAUUAGAUGAUGAACAAUUAUCACCUAGAACCAAUAAUAGUGAUCAAUCGGACACAAUUAACUGUUAAAAUCUAUUUUAAAAAUAAGAGAAAAAAAAACAAAAACAAUACAAAAGGAAAACCAGAAAAAUAUCAAUCGUUAUGACAACAGAAAAAUUUAAUUUCUAUCUGUUGGAUUUUAGGGAUUUCUAGCAAAAUGAUUAACAAUUUAACUCAUAAUUUACCUUUAAUUGUUACCAAGUAACCAUAUAUUCUGUUGCUCAUCCAAGGCAAUUAAAUAAAACAAUUAACUAACCACAAUUAACAGAAACAUUCAAGUGAGAUUUUGUUGUUUAUGUUUGUAAACAAAAAUGUGUUGACUUUUAAUUCAACUCAUUUUUUGGCGCGAACUUGAUUUUCAAUAAAAGGACUUAUCUGUGGGGCCAUGAAUAUGAA